CGUCAUCGGUAACAGAGUAAUCACUACAGCAGCGUCCGGAACACGGCAUACUUACGCGUCGACAACCGUGAAAGACAUACAGGACAAAAGGCGAUAUAUCCUGCAUAGCACCAUUCAUCAUUAACAAUACGCUACACUWAGAGACGAGACACACCAAUCAAUAUGGACAGCCAAUACGAAGCAGUAAGUUUGCCGGAMRCUGGUUGCGAUUUUUUCGUUUCGUUCCAACUUGAAUGAUUCAUCGUUUCUGACAAUUGUUUGCCUCCCMMGACGACGAGCAGCCGGAAUCCCUUCAGAAAUAUGGCGGCUACUUGGUCAACGGCGUCCUCGGACGCGAGGCCGGUAUUGUAAAAGUAGCUUUUGGGGAUAACAAAGACAUACGCAAUUACGCCGUUCCSUUGGCCCUUUACGGUAGCUUUUUCUUUUUUUUUGCACUGAUUUGGUUCAUUGUGUUGUGGGCCUUAAAGUGCAAUUGCUGUGCGGGCCGCAAGAAGGUGGGAUGUGCUGCCGGCUUUGCCUUUCACGACACGAACAGUCCUACGUAUGAAGGAGAACAGGUCGAUGAGGAAGACGACGAAGAAGAGGAGGAGGAUGAAGAGGAAGAUGGCGAGAAAGUUGAGGCGGGAGAUGAAGACGAGGAAUCCGUUGAUSUAGAGGACGGAGAAAACAAUGUCGAGAACAAGUCGGCCGGGACAGAGAUAAGCCAAUCGGAGGAAGCCGAGGCGGCAACGGAAGGCUUUGACGACGAGCCCGCCGACGGAGAAAGCGGCGACGAGGCCGUCGAGGAAGACGAAGCAGGCGACGACGAGGAAGUUUCCAAGGAUGGCAACGAUACCGACAGCGAAACUUCCGACAAGGAAACAGCGACGAAAUCCGGGACCAACGGCGAUGUUUUUGAGGACGAAGAAAAAGAACGCAAAUUSGGGAAUUGUUGCACCAAGAAAGGGUGGGCAUCCUUUUUUAAUUCGAUGAGAUUGUGUUUUGGCUCAGCCAGACCAAAAGACGUUAGGAACCGCAAGUAUGCAACCCGGUUUGUCUUCAUUUGUUUUGCGAACGUCACUCUGCUCUGUUGUGCGCUAGCGCUGGGUAAAAUCUACGCACCGUUAGAAGCGAUGUCCUUGACUGCUGGAACCGUCCUCGACGAAACAAAARYGAUGUUUUCACAGGCAAAAGACUCGUUUAURUUGUUUCAAAACGCCACCAGAGAUCUCGAGAYACRAAUUUUUUUUCAGRUCGAAGAACUGCMGAUGAGUAGCGUUUGUCCUUCGAUUCCCCGUACCCAAUUCGAARAUAUGGCUGGAUUCAAUAUGGACAGCAUCUCGCUCAAAAUUUUUCAGGAUUUCUACGACAACCAAGACAUGAUCAUUAGCUCGCGGGACGCUGCAAGAAAUGGCGUGGAUGCCAUCGCUAUUCUCAGAGAUGCCAAUUCAAUCAUACUUACGUCAACCGACAAUAAAUGGAUCCUCUCUCUCCUCAUAUCUUUCAUGAUAUUGAUUGUCAUGAGCCAGAUGGCAUUGGUUUGCCACGCUGUGUACAAGGAAUUGACAGGCAGUCAGAUAAAGYCYAUUGUCGGGAGACUCGAAUGUUGCUAUGCAUGGACUAUCCUGCCGCUUCAGAUUAUUAUUGUCAUUAUCUUUUGGAUCUUGAUCAUCGCGUUUUGUUUUGGUACCGUCAUUACGACCGAUACUUGUCUGCCAGCUGUCACCCUGCCGGCUUCCAACGGAACGGAAGCGAUGACCGUUACGGGAACACCCGACGACACCAUCAUGGCUGUAUUCGAGGAAAGCGUGUUCGACAAUACCGCUGAUAAUUCUGCAGUAAAGGAAAUAAUGAAGCAAUUCUUGACGGGAUGCAAGGAGGAUCCGUUGGGUGCAGCCUUUGAUGCCAGGGCGCUAUUGCAAACAACCRUUGGCUACUUCGACUCGCAAAUGAAACAAUUGGAGGAUUCGAAGGGCAUGUUCGACAGCUGUGGACCCGAUCAACGAAUGGACGAAUACGUUGAGAACAUGGUUGGGAUGAGAGCCAAUUUUGMGGRAUUGUACGACAGCAUUGGAGRAAUCUACGAAUCUAUGUCGUGUCCGAGAGUAAAUUACGUCUACGUAGAGACCAUCCAUGGGUCGGUGUGCACCGAUUUGGCGUCCGCGUCUGCGGAUGGAUUUGUGCUGAUGAUUUUCCUCUCUAUUUGCGGCAUGGUUCUGAUCACGCUCCGAUCCGCAUGGAGGGUUUCGGUGUAGUGCAGUGUAGUGCAGUGCAGUGCAGUGUAGUGCAGUGCAGUGCAGUGGAGUGGAACACGUCGCAUUACCGUUCUGAUCCGAUGUCUCGAAAUCCGACUCGGAGACGAAGACUCGAAGGAGACCCGCUCGAAUCAAUCGCACCCGACCCCGUGCAAGAAUAAUUGUGCCAGAGCAUUGUUAUACGAUACGGCACCAUCUCUUUGUGUGUCCAUUUUAUCAUUUAUUUUAAUAUAGUGUUUCUCAUUUC